AAAAAAUGGAAGGAAACAGACGAUGGGAAGUUUAUAUGAAAGAAUAAUUUAAUACUCGGCGGCCUUGUACAGUCAGGAGUGCUUUAAAAUUAUUUUAAAGCACAAAGAUAGAAUAAUGGACGUUGUGGUCAUUACAUUAGUCUAAACAAUUCUUUUGCCCAGUGAACAGACCUAGUGCUAGCUUAAUUUCGCCAUGGCAGCACGUAGUUCGUAGCCGGUGUUGGAGGAUUUGGUUCCAUACUAUAUCAAUGCUGUUCUAAAGUUCGUCGUGGGAAGUAAAAGCAAGAGACUAUGGCAACUGUGUCGGCUUCUGCUGAUAAGAACGCCGUCUAUAUCUUGACAUCUUCAGAACUUUCUGGUGCCGACGUGGAGGUGGGUCAAAGCGACUGUGUGAUCGACGUGAAUCAAGAACAUCAGCAGCAACAACAAGAAGAUGUUGGCCAAGUAGCUGUGGUGUCAGAAGCCAACUUCAUAGAACAAAACUCUGGUAUUGGGCAUCCCGCUAAUGCCACUGAACCGGCUGAUGUGGAAAAUAAUGGAGAUGGCGAGGAACCAGUCAUAGAUAUUGUAAUAAACAAUGUUGUCUCUAGCUUUAACACAAGAUGUCACUUAAACCUGAAGAGAAUAGCUAUGGAAGGUGUCAAUGUUGAAUAUAAACGACAGAAUGGGAUGUUGAACAUGAAAAUUAGAAGACCGUAUACUACUGCAAGUAUUUGGUCCUCAGGAAAGAUAACAUGCACUGGUGCAACUAGUGAGGAUGAAGCAAAGAUUGCAGCCAGACGUUUUGCUAGAAUCUUACAAAGACUAGGCUUCAAUGUGAAGUUCUGCAAUUUUAGAGUAGUCAAUGUUUUGGCAACAUGUACCCUCCCCUUUGGCAUUAAAAUUACUAAUUUUUCCAGAGAUAACCCUCAAAAUGCAAGUUAUGAACCAGAAUUACACCCUGGUGUAACCUAUAAAAUAAAGUCCCCAAAGGCAACACUGAAAAUUUUCUCAACUGGCAGUAUUACAGUAACAGCUCCUUGUGUUGCUAACGUACAGGUAGCCAUUGAACACAUUUUCCCAUUAGUUUACGAGUAUAAAAGUAUGGAACUCCACAACAAGACGGCAGCAAAUGCCAACUUCAUCAAAAAGCGUCCUGGUGAUUGUAACAUGCCUAUUGAAAAUUUGGAUACAUAUUAUGAUGGAGACAGUGAUUCAGAAGGCAGUUUUGACAGUGAUGAGAGUCAGGAUUGAACUUUGUCCAUUGAAACUGUAGUCAACAGCAGACAUGUGCAUUCCAAAUGAGAACGUUCCUUGUUCUACAGAUGAUGAAUACUCUUCACUCCAACUGUUCUGCAUGCAACAAACUAUGCUGGGAGAGCAAAAAGAGGUGGACCAGACACCACUGGCAAUAUUAAUUCAUUCAGCUUUCUGUUUGAGUUUUCUCUCACAACUUUUGGUGUGCCAUGGGCUCUCGGGUCAAUUGUGGAAGCGUGCCAGUGUAUAGUGCUCUUUCUCUCAGUGGAUUGGCGAAAUGGGAAGAUAAUCCCUAAAAACUACAAAUCUGAAUACCCUUUAAUUUUAGUGGAAACUAAAGGUUUAUUGGCUGAUAUCAAAUGCCCAAAGUAUUCUGUACAUAGUCAUCACCUGAUUAAAUCCAUAACCAUCUUUGAAGUAGUUCAUAAUUGGAGUUGCUGUUCAAUAAUGGUUUGGGUUUUAAAAAUUCUUAUAAGAGUUGAUGACAACUGUAACUUGUGCUUAAAUUGAUGGAAUGUGGAUAUAUUCUGUUUUUCUCUCUUUUUGAUGUUGUUUCUUGUUUCAUUGUCAGUGCAUAUGCGGUGUCAGUGCCUGUCAUUUUAGUGUCUUGUGAUUGUAUAUGUAAGUGCUUACACCAACCUGAAAAACAGUCCCAUCUUUUCUAAUUCUGGGUAUGAAAGCAGAUGCCAAAUAUGAACAAAGAUUAUAAUGGGCUAUUUUCAAUAACUUUCAUUUCGGAAUUCCUUGAGAAUUAUCGGUUGUUUGAUCCAAAUGUACAACAGACUUGUGAUAUAUGAUCUAUUACUCACUGAGCUGUUUGAGAUGAGUCAAUGAUAAAUUAAAUGUGUUACUGCACUGCACAGCCAUUAUGGUAGGCUAUAAAUGAGCUAAGUUUUUUUUUCUUUUCGUCUGGAAGUGGAAUGAAUAUGUAUUGUCUGAUGUUAGGUCUCUCAUUCUAUGUUAUGGUUCAAAGCCCAACGUUGUGUAUGAAAGAAUUGCACUUUCUCUAAGACUCCCACUUAGCCACUAAAAUGGCAUUUUUGAAGUAUAGAUUCUUACUGAGCAGGGUGUGAUGACAUGAAAUUUCUUAAAACAUCACAAGGGUUACAUAAGGUCAUAUUCAUUAUAUUUAUACCCUUGAGCAGUUAUUUUCCAGUGAGUUAUUUAAUUGCACUUAAAUGUUUUGUCAAUUAUUUGACUUGUAGUUCCAGUGGUUUCUCGACCUUGCUACAUGUACAUGUUGUUUGAUCUUGUACUAUGUACUACAUACUUUAAAUUGUAAAGCCAUUGGUUACAAGUUUGUGAAACUGUAUCAAUUUUACAUUGCACAGCUGGUCAUGUUUUGAUACUAGUGUUAAGUUUUCAUUUAUGUGACAGAAUACUGGGUGUUCGAAACAUUUUCAAGUCAGAGCAGAUAGGAGUUGACACCACCAAGUCUUGAAAGUGACCAGAAAUUACAUGUAGAAUGUUUAUGCUUCAGGCAGUGGUUCAACCUGCUCACGUUUUGUAUUGAUUCGAAUAAAUUUGCAUUUUG